CUCUAAUAUCAACCCCGAUUGAGUGCGUCGGUCAUUAGCGUUAUUGGCGUAAAACUGAAACUGUGCAUACAAAUUAGAAAGAAAAACGCAUAAAAAGUGAAGAAAGAUGAAUACCUUAGGUCCUAAAAAGGACGGAAGUCCUAAUAUUGAGUUUUUCCAGUCGCCAGAGACUUUGCAGGGGUUCGAGUCCAUAAGACAGUGGCUGCAAAAGAAUUGUAAAAAAUAUCUUGCGCACAGUUCGGAGCCAAUUACGAAAGAGUCACUUUCACAAUUGUUGAUACAUUUCCUGCAGUAUGUGGAGGCGAAGCUGGGCAAAAACUCGGCGGAGCCACCGGCAACGCGAAUUCCGAUGCGAUGUUUCCUGGAUUUCAAAAACGGUGGCGGCCUUUGCAUCAUAUUCUCCACAAUGUUUCGCUUUCGUGCUGAGCAACGUGGCAAGAAAUUCGACUUUUCCAUUGGCAAGAACCCCACAAGGAAAGAUCCGAAUAUACAGUUGCUGAUUGAAAUCGAGCAGGCGCUGGUGGAGGCAGAUCUCUAUCGCAUACCGUACAUUUAUAUACGGCCAGAGAUCGAGAAGGGCUUUGAGGGGCGCUUACGUGAGAUAUUAGACAAUCGGCGGGUGGAAAUUGUCACCGAUGAAGAGGAUGCCACGCAUAUUGUCUAUCCUGUUGUGGAUCCGCAUCCCGAUGAAUAUGCGCGUCCGAUUUUCAAGCGUGGUAAUCACGUCAUGCUGCAUUGGUACUACUUUCCUGAGUCGUAUGAUUCCUGGACAUUAAAUAGUUUCGAUUUGCCCGAAAAUAUACCGGAGAAUCCCGAAUCACCGGCGGAACGUUGGCGCGUCUCAGCCUCAUGGAUAUUGGAUCUCGAACAAUACAACGAGUGGAUGGCCGAAGAGGACUAUGAGGUUGAUGAGCAGGGUAAGAAGAAGAUGCACAAGCAGCGUAUGUCCAUUGAUGACAUUAUGUCCUUCGGGGAUGAGAAGAAGAAACCCAGCACGACCAGUGCCAAACAGAAGCGUCGUCGUUCACCGUCGCCCACUACAUCGACAUCGAAACCGGGCAAGCGUAAGCGCUCUCCAGCAGUCAUACACAAGAAGCCACGCAAUGAUGAAGAAGACGAGGACCUCACGCGGGAUUUGGAUGAUCCGCCAGCCGAACCCAACGUGCAAGAGGUUGUGAAAUCGAACGCAGGUCUGCAAUCAACUGCAAGCCCGGCUCCAGGCAGCAAAUCUCGUGCAGACAACGAUAUGAUGCCCAUUAAAGGUGGCACUAUGACCGAUUUGGACGAUGAAAUGACAGGGGGUAGUGCGGCCCAAGCACUAUCCACUGGCGACGGUGAGAACUCGCAAACGGGCAAGACGAGCGAUAAUAGUAACACGCAGGAAUUUUCGUCGUCGGCCAAAGAAGAUAUGGAGGAUAAUGUUACGGAGCAGACGCAUCACAUUAUAGUCCCCUCAUAUUCGGCCUGGUUUGAUUAUAAUUCCAUACACGUCAUUGAGAAGCGUGCUAUGCCCGAGUUCUUCAACAGUAAGAACAAAUCGAAGACACCUGAGAUUUACAUGGCCUAUCGCAAUUUUAUGAUUGACACCUACAGGCUCAAUCCUACGGAGUACUUAACCAGUACCGCCUGUCGCCGCAAUCUGGCCGGCGAUGUGUGCGCCAUUAUGCGUGUGCACGCGUUCCUCGAGCAAUGGGGCUUGAUUAACUAUCAAAUCGAUGCCGAUUUGCGUCCCACUCCCAUGGGCCCGCCGCCCACCUCACACUUUCACAUACUGUCGGAUACGCCGUCAGGCCUGCAGGCCAUUAAUCCGCAAAAGACGCAGCAGCCGUCGGCGGCCAAGGCAUUGCUGGACUUGGAUAAGAAACCGCUGGGCAAAGAGGGUUCGGUGGAGCUGGAAAAGUCGGGAGCCUUGGCUGGCAGUCUGGGCAUCAAGACUGAGACAUUGGAGAAUGGAGCCACCGGCGGUCUUAGCUCGGGCGUCAGUCAUUUUGGCCUAAAGCUGGAUCAGUAUGCCAAGAAGCCGGCAGCAAUGAAAAAUCGCACGGCAGCCAGUUUGUCGCGUGAGUGGACCGAUCAGGAAACGCUGCUGUUACUCGAAGGCCUCGAGAUGCACAAGGACGAUUGGAAUAAGGUGUGCGAGCAUGUGGGCACACGCACGCAGGACGAAUGUAUUUUGCACUUCCUACGCCUUCCCAUCGAGGAUCCGUACUUGGAAGAUGACGGUGGCUUCCUUGGACCUCUUGGCUGUCAGCCCAUACCAUUUAGCAAAUCAGGUAAUCCAAUUAUGUCGACGGUAGCGUUUCUUGCGUCAGUCGUGGAUCCGCGUGUCGCUGCCGCAGCAGCCAAGGCAGCUAUGGAAGAGUUUGCAGCUAUUAAGGAUGAGGUUCCUGCCACCAUUAUGGACAACCAUAUGAAAAACGUGGAGAAGGCCUCUGUUGGUGGCAAAUUCAAUCCAAAUUUUGGUUUGGCCAACAGCGGCAUUGCGGGCACCGGUAAUGACAAAGAGGACGAUGAGAGCAAAGAGGGCGGAACCGGCACUGGCACAACCAACGACGAGGAAAUGAAGGAUCUGACAAAAAAAGAUGACGAUGCCAAGUCGAAAGACAAAACGAAAACGGAUAAAUCGAACACAGCAACAAAUACAGACUCAAAUAGUAGUAGCACAUCAACCACCACCUCAACCAACCCCACCACCACCAACAUCAACACUGAUAAGAAAUCAAAAGAAGCCUCAUCCGAUAAAACGAGCAAUGCCUCAAACAAAACGGCUUCCAACUCCUCACCCACAGAGCCCGGCGUCAGCGGCACUGGUCCCAACACCACCAGCAGCAGCGAUGUGGAGAUCAAGACCGAGGACAACAACAGUGGCGAUGGGGAAACAAAAGACGGCAGCAGCGAUGGAAGUAGUGGAGGAGCAGGCGCAGGUGCUGCUGGCAAGGACGGCGCCUUCAGCGAAAACAACAUGCAGACAGCAGCGGCCGCAGCUCUUGCGUCCGCGGCCGUGAAGGCCAAACAUUUAGCCGCCCUGGAGGAGCGGAAAAUCAAGUCUCUGGUGGCACUGCUUGUCGAGACGCAAAUGAAGAAAUUGGAAAUCAAAUUGCGCCACUUUGAGGAACUCGAGGCGACAAUGGAGCGCGAGCGUGAGGGUCUCGAGUAUCAGCGACAGCAGCUCAUCACCGAGCGCCAGCAAUUCCAUUUGGAGCAACUAAAAGCGGCCGAGUUUCGGGCCCGUCAACAGGCCCACCAUCGCCUCCAGCAGGAACUUCAACAGCAGGGUCAAGCAGCAGCUGCCGCAGGCUCAAUGAUUCUCCAGCAACAACAACAGCAGCAGCAACAACAACAGCAACAUCAGCAGCAGCAACUCGCAGCCCCUUCAGCUCAACACCAACCGCUGGCCCCGCACAUUGGUGCUGCUCCCGCUAAUGGUGGCUCCUUUGCAGCGCCUCCAAAUGUCACACCCGGCGCCAUCGCUAGCAAUCCCAGCGCGCCCUCAGCAACUGCUGAUCAAGCGGUAGCAGCGCCAGCAACAGGAGGAGGCGGGGGAGGAGUAGCAGCAGCGGCAGCCACUCAGCCAACAGCACCCACGCCUAUGGAUACCACACCGCCAGCAGCUGCAACCUCUGGGGAUCCUGCCACGCCUGCCAAUGCGCCCGGACAACCGAUGCCGCCUGUCUCAAGCAUUCCACCAAGCAGUGUAGCAGCAGCAGCAGCAGCUCCCACUUCAACUUAAACUUUUUAGGCUUAAGCAGAUAAAAAUACUUUAGUUUGUAUGUUACCCCUAAUUAACAAUGUCUAUCUACAUCGCUCCCCAUCCCCCAUUGCAUUCGUACUGUAAUUGUCCUAAACUGGUAAGCAAAUCCCCCCUUGUAAGCGUCUUCAUUUGUGUGCGAACAAAGAGACAUUCUUGUAUCAUGUUUGAAACCCCAAAUGGCAUUCAGUAAAAUAAAAUUAUAUUCAAUAAUUGAAUUUCAAA